AUGUCAAAACAUUCAUCAAAAACAACCAUAUUCACAAUUCUCAUAGUCAUAGCAAUCAUUCAUCCAAAAAUCUUAAACGUAUCAGCAAUCGACCCCGCACCCGAACCCGGGGUCCACGUUUUCGAGCUCUACAUGCACGAUAUCCUAGGUGGCAGCAACCCCACAGCUAGACCCGUGACCGGACUCUUAGGCAACAUUUACAGCGGUCAAGUCCCAUUCGCUAGACGCAUCGGAUUCCGUGCCCCAUCGGGCGGAAUCGCGAUUCCAAACGCCAACGGAGCCAUUCCAACCAUCAACCCAAACGGAAUCCCACUCGGAACUGGCCUAGUCGGAACACAGUUCGCAAACCUGAACAAUAACAAUAACAAUAACAACAACAUUCAGAACCAGAUCGCGGCCCAAUUGGGCCCCGAUGGGCUUGGGCUCGGGUUCGGUACGAUUACAGUGAUUGAUGAUUUGUUAACCGCUAAUGCUAAACAGGGUUCGCAGACAUUGGGGAAAGCACAAGGUGUGUACGUUGCCAGCUCAGCAGACGGAAGUAGACAAAUGAUGACGUUUACGGCUGUGAUGGAAGGAGGGGAGUAUGGUGAUAGUAUUAACUUUUUUGGAGUGUACAAGAUUGGAAGCACGAUGUCCCGCUUGUCGAUAACGGGUGGGACCGGGAAGUUUUUGCACGCUUGCGGGUUUGCUGAGGUUCGAUCGCUUAUACCCGCGGGUCAAAUUGUGGCUGAUGGGGUCGAGUCUUUGUUGAGGUUGACUGUGCACCUUUCUUACUAA